CACACUUCCAGACAGAAAACACCAGACGAGGACAGAGGACGGAAACAGGAAAAGAGGGAAAAGGGAGGAAUCCUGAAAGACAUGCAGACAAACGAGAUGAACGUUUUACUAGCUGUGUUUUGCGUGGUUAGCAUCUUCCAGCUCUGUCAUGGAGUAUCCAGCAGUGGAGAAUGCUACUUCAACGCAAAAGCCAGCUGUGAACACAACGGCCGUGUAUUUGACAUCGGGGAGGCCUGGAUAGAUGACGAAUGUUUCCAGUGUGUGUGUUUCGAGCCUUUCGGAGUGGGCUGCUGUGAACAUGGAAAGCAGCCAGUCGAUUACCCGCCCUGGUGCGAGGCCAUUAGAAAACCAGAUUCCUGCACAGUUGCUGUGGUGAUGAAGGCCAACCAUAAACUUCCCUGUCUGUUUGGGGGGAAAAGCCGCCUGUGGAAAUCAGAAAACGACCCGCUCUUCUAGACCGCACUACUGAAUUCACUCAUGCAAAACACUAAUUAAUUUAAAAAUACGGCUUAUUCAGUUUCACAAUAUAUAAAAAAUAUCCACCUUGCUCUUUCCGUAAGAGUGGACGCGGCCAUUUGUAAAUUUUAUGGCUCAGGCUUCCGGUGUGGCGUCCAACUAUUUUUAGCUGUACCAAACAGCUGGUUUUGCUGCUUGGUAUUGCAAACUGGUGUGUCUUAAUAUAUUAUUUUAAUGUAUUAUCUUAAUUAAUACGCACUGGUUUGUAGUGCAGUUUUACAGUUUACUGCACAUUGUUAUUCUUCUCCUAAUUUGCCUAUAGCGGCUAAUGAACCGGAAGUCUCACCCAUACGCUUACUUAAGCGUUAAAGAACAAAGCGGAUACACACAGUUCAAAAGUUCGGGGUCAAAAAGAUAAUUUACUUUUUUUGAAACAAGUCUCUUUUUUAUAUUUAUUUUUUUUUAAUAAUUUAAAUUAACAGUAUUCUACUUUAAUAUAUUUAAAAAAAAAUAUUUAUUCCUGUGAUGACAAAGCUGAAAUUUCAGCAGCCAUUUUACUUAAGUCUUUAAUGUUACAUGAAACUUUAGAUUCAGAAAUCAUUCAUGCCGUCAAUCGAUUAAUCACAUUCAAAAUUAGUUUUUUUUACAGGUGUACUGUGUAUAUUUCUUAUGUAUAUACAAGUACACAAGCAUACAGCAUAUAUAUUAAAAAUUAUUCCAUGUAUAUAUAUUUAUAUUCAUAUUAUAACAUUUUUCUUAAAUAUAUAUGCAUGUGUGCAUUUAUAUAUACAUAUAAAUAUACACAGUACACACACGUAAACAAAAACUUUUAUUUUUGAUGCAAUUAAUCAUUUGACAGCACUAAUUCUAAUAUACCGAUUUUUUGCUCAAGUAAUAUAUCUCAUUACUACCAAUGUUUAAAAUAGUUGUGCUGCUUAACAUUUUUGCAGAGGAUUUUUAGAAUUAUUUGAUGAUUAUAAAUCUUACUCACCAAACUUUUAAACCGUAGCAUGCACACCAUUAUUUGAAAUAAAACUACUGAAUCUAAGUGUCACACAAGUGUAACAAACAAACUGUGAUAUUUUUGUCUUGAAAUAAAUACCAGUGACUGUUUGAAAAUGUAUCUCUCUUUCUGUCUGGUAACCACACUACAAAGAAUUCUUAAAUAAAUUACAAAUAACCAUCUGCAUGUGCAAGAAAACCAAAAGAGACCCAGAUCCUGAGAAACACAUGGGUUCAGUGACAGU